UCUGUUUAUACAUAGCCUAAUUUCAACCAUAAAUUAACCAGGGUUUUCCAUCUAUAAAUACUACCCUCUUUCAUUAGAUGCAAGUCAUCUCAGAACACAAAUAAUAAACUGUUUCCAAUGGCAUCAUCUUACUCUACCACCACCAUUCUUUUACUCCUACUCAUUGCGUUCCUCAGUUUCAAUCAAACCCAAGCUGGGAAUAGAAACCCUAAUUCAGUUGUUCUUGGUCUAACACGUUCUAGCACUUCCUUUCCUAUACCUAAACCCCCCAAAUACUCAAGAAAGAGACUUUCAGAAGUAUCAGAUAUGAUUGAGCCAUUGAGGGCAGUAACAGAUGGAUAUUUGAUAACUCUAAAUAUAGGAACACCUGGACAGGUCAUUCAAGUAUACAUGGAUACUGGGAGUGACCUGACUUGGGUUCCUUGUGGUAAUGUAUCCUUUGAUUGCCUGGAUUGUGAUGACUAUAGGAACAAUAAGUUAAUAGGUACUUUCUCCCCUACGCAUUCUUCUUCAGCUAUUAGAGACUCAUGCGGUAGCUCUUUUUGUAUUGAUAUCCAUAGCUCUGAUAACUCUUUUGAUACAUGCAUUGAGGCUGGAUGUUCAUUAAGUACCCUUCUCAAAGCCACCUGUUCUAGGCCCUGUCCGUCCUUUGCCUAUAGCUACGGUGAAGGAGGACUAGUCGCAGGGAUACUAACCAGGGAUAACCUUAGGGUUCAUGGUAGUAGCCCCGAAAUCUCUAAGGACAUUCCCAGAUUUUCUUUUGGUUGUGUCGGCUCUACUUAUCGAGAGCCUGUUGGCAUUGCAGGGUUUGGUAGGGGUGUACUUUCUCUACCUUCACAGUUAGGGUUCCUCCAAAAUGGCUUUUCUCACUGCUUCUUGGCCUUCAAGUAUGCCAACAAUCCGAAUAUUUCAAGCCCAUUAUUCAUGGGAGAUGUUGCCAUAUCUUCCAAUGACAAUUUGCAGUUCACCCCAAUGUUGAGAAGUCCCAUGUUCCCCAACUACUACUACAUUGGUUUAGAGGCCGUAACUGUAGGCAAUAUUAGUUCUGCUGAAGUUCCUUUAAACUUGAGGGAGUUUGAUUCACAAGGUAAUGGGGGAAUGUUGAUUGAUUCAGGUACCACUUACACUCACCUCCCUGAGCCAUUCUAUUCACAACUUCUCUCAAUACUCCAAUCAGAGAUAACCUAUCCUCGAGCCACAGAUGUUGAGACGCAAACAGGAUUUGAUCUCUGUUAUAAAGUUCCCUGUCCAAAUAACAGAUUCACAGAUGAUCCUUUCCCUUCAAUCACUUUUCAUUUCUUGAACAAUAUCAGUCUCGUUCUGCCCCAAGUUAAUUACUUCUAUGCCAUGAGCGCUCCAAGUAACUCAACUGGGGUGAAAUGCCUAUUGUUCCAAAGCAUGGAUGAUAGUAAUUAUGGACCAGCCGGGGUAUUCGGGAACUUCCAACAGCAAAAUGUGAAAGUUGUCUACGACUUGGAGAAAGAGAGAAUUGGGUUUCAACCAAUGGACUGUGCAGCAGCCGCAGCCUCUCAGGGACUUCACAAGAACUGAUUUCGUGGGUAGUUAAUGGUAGUUCUUGCUGUUAGCCAAUGGUGCAGCUCUUGGCCCACAAAAUAAUGAGGCACGACAGUUUCUAGAUUUUAAUAAUGUGUUGUAACUGCUGUCUUCUUUC